CGACCUGUACCCGGGUAGACGUGCACGGCAGCGUCUGUGUUUGUUACUAUUUAUAGGUUCGGCGUUCAGAAACAAACGACACUAUUUCCUUCAUGGUGCAGUUACGUGCAGAGCCGACUCCAUUCACGCAAUACACCACUGUUCGGGAAUCGAAGAUACACUUAGAGGUUGAAGCUGAGAAUGAUGAAGCACAUUAAGCAGUGGGUGACGGUGUUGAUGUUCCUCGUGGUGAUGGGGCUGCAGCCUGUCGUUUCCUCCUCAGAGAGUUGCCACCGUCUGCCUGGCCUUCACUUCCUGCUGCCCACUACUUCCUGGCGGCCUGCGUCUAAGUUGUCACCACAAGUAGCUGUCAGAUCCGAUGGUAGUCAGUGGGGCGAGGCUGCAGAUGGCAGGUCAGAGCAGGAGUGGUGGCGAGAGGUUCUGUGUGAAGCUGCCAAGUCAACCCCAGAUCACCGCUCUUAUGUCCUGCCCAAACUGUACAGUGACGUCACUCCCUCGAAGACCAACUACAAUGUAUACCUGAUGGAGACGACCUGCAACCCUCGCCCUAGCUACCGAGCCUGGUGCGCCGUGGAGAGUUGGGCGCGUCAGAACCCCGGAGCAGAAAUUUGGUACAUCAUGACGAGUCUCACAGCUGACGACUCAGACGGCCUCUUAAGCAAGCUGUUAAGUUGUUACUCCAACCUCCAUCUCGUGACUCCUAACCUCAACAACAUAUUCGUGAACACUCCUUUAAAGAAUUUAUUCCAGUCUAGUAAUUGGGCAAAGAAUCCUGCCUGGCCCGCCUACGAUCUGAGCAACUUUUUACGGAACGCGUUGGUGUGGCUGUGGGGAGGCUUCUACAGUGACGCCGACACCAUCUGCAUGAAGGAUGUGACACACCUCCAUAAUGUCAUCGCCUACCAGAUUAUCGAAGAGGGCGACGCCGACAACGCUCUCAUGCACUUCGACGCUGGUCAUCGCUUUGUUUACAUGGUCAUGGAGUACCUCGCGAAGAACUUCCAGAAUAAGGUGGGCAAGUGGCAGGUAACCGGGCCAGGUGUGUCCACCAAGACCCUUGAGAAACUGUGCAACACGACAGAAUUGGAUGACGUUGUGGCCGGACAUUCCACCUGCCAGGGUGUUACACUCCUCUCACAGCAAAACAUCCAACCAGUGCCGAGCAAGUUCUGGAAAUAUUACUUCGCUGAUGGCUACGGCACGAAACUGGAAGAGAAAUUCAAGUCCGUCUUUGUCCUACGCGUGUGGGAUCUAUACAGCCAUCAAGAACCCGUCGUGAUUGGUAGGGACAGUAUCUACGAUGUGGCCGCUAGGACCUUCUGCCCCAUCACCUACGGCUACGCCUCCCUUCGCUCCUCCUACUUCUAAGAUGUUAACCCAGCUCCUCCUGUUAGCAUAAGGGGGUAUAAACGGAACACGAGACUCUCCUGAGGGUGUUGCGAAUUAGUCACCUUCUAUGUACAGAACUAAACAAAGAAUGUGGUUGAAAUUCUCAGUAAUAUUCAAUGUCAUAAUAUCCUGACCACUGAUGUCUGUUAUACACACCCUUUGUGACCUCUACUCUGUAAUCCUUUUGAGCUACCGUUCACUGGAUGAGUAUGAGAUGCACAAUACACUAGCCGCUGUACUUAAUUCAUGGGAGGGGGGGGGGGGUUGUCUUGGCUCCAACAAUGAGUCAAUCUUUCACACAAUAACUAACUUGCUAAGUUCAUUGAUAAUUUCUCACAUAAACAACAUGAAUGCUCACUUAAUAUCUUCGUAAACUACUCAGCUCUGUAACAGCCCAUCUCCUUAAAACGAUAAUUUUAAAUAUUUGGAUCACCUGAAAGUGAGCCCCCCCCCACCCCCCCAACGCUGGGGCAACGCUACCAAACUUCCUCACUUUUUAUUCCUACAACUAUAAAUAUUCUACCUAUAUCUCCUGUACGAGUUCCUAUUCAUUACACUGGUAGGUUUAAGAAAUUCCCCCUAUCUAUACUUUCUACGCAAAACCCCCCCUCAUUACACUGGUAGCAGCGUACUUAACGUGAACCCACGCCCUCCCGCGCUUAGCCAUUACACCUGGCACGUCUCUCCCUUCAUUUAAUUCAGUUCGAGUAUUGUUUAACCGUGUGCAGUAAAGAACAGUGAAAAGUGUCUUAGUGUGUCAUCUGAGCAACUCACAUAUAUAUUCCUCAUUGUUGCAUGUGCGAAUUGUUACUAGCAAAACACUCCUCAGAAUAUGUUCAGUGCUUAAUAUAAUUCGUCAGUGUCCCCGGCGAUUUGUAACGUUCUCAGUGUCCUU